AUGAAUAAGCGUACCACACAAGUGAAGAAUCUUCUACUCUAUGUUUGCAUCUGUCUGACAUUAAUUGCUGCAGUGGAAUACUUCAAAUAUUCCACCAGAAUUCAUUAUGAAUGGUUCCACUGUACCCCUAUUAAAGAACAGAUGGGCGGUCCUGGCAGUUCGGUCAUAAAGCUAUGGGCUCGUGGUGGCCCUAGCUGUGAUAAGAGAGGUGAAUUUAAGACCAUUGCUAAGAGAAUUUCUUUAGAUUUCGAGCCUAAUGAAGAACACCUUUCAUUUUGUAUUAUGGAGAAUAUGGACGUUCCUACAAGACAUUAUCCCGUCGCUGACGAAAAUAAAGGUGCCCCUGGAUAUGUUGCAUUUGCCGGUUACGAUUCCGACUAUGAGUUGGUGGAAAAGUUAUGCGAAGGUGAAACAAUUUAUCAUAUGUGA